CCUCGCUACCGGCUUCCGGGAUGAUUUUCCGUCCGUCCGGCUCUGCGGACUCAAGGAGAGAAAGGACAAUCGGUUCCUCACUGUAACCAACUAAGGACCUAAAGGAUUCUUAACUAUUUGUACACAGGUCCACAUCCGCCUCCCCAUGCAGAACUCCAUGAAAUGAAUAAAGCACCACAGCCUAUAACAGGACCCCCCUCCACCCCCCGCCCUGCCCCCUCCCCUGGUCUGUCACAGCCUUCAUUCCCACCUGGGCAGCCCCCUUCUGUUGUGUUUGCUACCCCGCCUCCUCCACAAAUGAACCCAACACCACAGGCCCGACAGUUUGCCCCAGGGCCCCGAACCAUACACCAACAGGGAAGCUUCAGGUCGUUACAGCCCUUCUACCCCAACAGGGGCAGCCUGCCUCCCGGUAGUGGGCCUCGAGGUGUCCCUCCCAGCAAUGCCCCUCGCCCCGUGACGCCCACCCAUGUUUACCAGCCGGGCCCUGGCUCCCAAAUGAUGAUGAUCCCCGGGCAACAAUUAUCCUUCCCCAGCUCAGCACAAGCACCGGCCUACUUCAUACCAGGACAGUACCGGUCAGCUACCUACGUGGCCACAGCCCAGCAAUACCCAGGCACCCCAGGCUUCUAUCCAGGCACCAGCCCAGCUGAAUAUGGUACUUAUGCAGGGGCCUACUAUCCCGCUCAGCCUCAGUUCACCCCCUCGGUGCAGGCGGCACCCGUCAUUAUGAAUCCUGCCCCUCAGCAGCAGCAACCACCACCUCAGCCUCCACAACACAUCCCCACCAAACGCGAACGCAAACAGAUCAGAAUAAGAGACCCUAACCAAGGAGGUCGAGACAUUACAGAGGAAAUAAUGUCAGGGGGCCGCAGUGGCUCCACCCCGACCCCACCACAGUCAGCCAUAUCUGGAUCAGAAAAUACAGCAGUGGUGCAGGCCAAUGGUGAGAGCAUCACAGCUGCUACCACAACGGCACUGGUCAGACCAGAUGACCGAGAUAAACCUACGCCUCCUCCUCUCUCAAAAACCCCCGAACCUUCAAAGGGUGACCCCAUCCCCACAGAGGCUUCAUCCUCUGACACGAACACUAAGCCCCCCAUACCCCCUCUAUUAUCAGAAGCAGCGGAUCACUCCCUCAACACCCUCACACCCAGUGCUCCUGUUGCAGAAGUGAUGGACGCUCCUCCAAGGGAACCCACUCCAACACCUCAAUCAGCACCUGAAGUGCCGGCUUACCCUGCACCCCUCCCUGACCCAGUCCCCACCUUAACCGCACAGGACAAAACAGACACGAAAGCUGCACAGGAGGAAGAAAUGGAGGAUGAAGAGGUGGAGACUAAAACAGAAGAGGCUGCUGCCUCUUUGGACAUAACUCUUGCACCUCUCUCCACCACUAACGGUGUUGCAGCGGUCGAGCCUGAAGAACUGUCCAUUGAGUUGCCACCCAGUCAGCUGGAGGCUCCUCUAGACUCUCCUAUUGCGCAGCCCGAGGAGCUCCGCCUUCCCAACGGCCUGCCAAUCCCUGACCCGGAGGCCCAUGCUCUCUGUGCAGCCGAGCGGGAUGACAGCCCCAUCGCCGAACCCGACGUCAGCCAGCAGCCUAUCAUAGAGACUUCCACAGCCAUCACCCUGGAAGCACCUCCACCUGUUGUCCAAGCCACAACUGAACCUGUUGACCAGCCCACACCUGAAGCUGCGGUCCAGGAGAUUCCCGAAGAGCUUGUCGUCCCAGCAGUGCCCGCCCAGACUGAGGUAGAAGAAACAUCUCCUGCAGUCACUGAGGUUGAUAUAGAAGAUUCUCCGGUGCCUGAGACCACUGCCAAGGAACAGAUGCCAUCACCUCCAGAACCGGUUUCCUUAGCUGAAAGCACGCCAGAAACUGUGCCCUCUCCUCCCCCUCCCACAGCUGAGGAGAAGGAGGACGUCCCCCCUCCCCAGACAGUUACCCCUGCCCUUGUAGAAACUACUAUGCAAGCUGCUGUGUCUGUGCCAAAGAAAAAGAGGAAAAUGAAGGAUCUGAACAAAAUGGAGGCAGUAGGAGACCUCCUAGAUGCCUUUAAAGAGCUUUAG